AUAUUUCCGACGGUCUAUGAACGCAGCUUACUUUCCCUGCGCUGACCUCUGACAGAGCCGCGGUGCGUUCAUGGAUCCGCUGCCUCCCUUCACAAACACGGAAGCAGCAUGGCGUCCAACAGCUCCGACAGGCAACGGAUCGCACAGCAAAGACUGAGGAUAAUAGCCGGGCAUUUACUACAGGGACCAGGGGACGGUGGCGGCGACUCCUCGACCAUCUUAUCCGCCGAGGAGUGCAAAGCUCCGACCGGCAGCAGCAGCAGCAAGACAGCCGACUCCAGUGAAGGGAAAACGGUGCCGAGGAGGAGGCAGGAGAUUAUGAAAUGGAACGGCUGGGGAUACAGCGAUACAAGAUUCCUCUUCAAUAAGAAAGGUCAAGCAGAAUUUACCGGCAAAAGGUAUAGACUAAGUGGUAUGAUCAUCCCUGCUCUGAAAGAGUGGUUUGAAGGCACGUUUGGAGCCAAUUUGCAGCAUAAAUCUCCAGCAACGCCCAUUCUGACAAGCGGUGCUGUGCCGCCCCCCAUUCUUAAUGAGGCCUUCACGGAGGAAGUGAAGUCCACAGGUAUUCCCUUCUCUCAUGACGCAGAGGACCGGGUGUUUCGUGCCCACGGCCAUUGCCUACACGAGAUCUUUGCUCUGCGAGAGGGGAAAGUCGGUCGUGUUCCAGAUAUGGUGGUAUGGCCAAGCUGCCACAGUGAUGUAGUGAAAAUUGUGGAACUGGCGUGCAAACAUGAUGUUUGUUUGAUACCAUAUGGAGGAGGGACUAGUGUCUCUAGCGCCCUAGAGUGCCCCCCAGAGGAAACUCGCUGCAUCGUCUCUCUGGAUACCUCACAGAUGAACCGCAUUCUGUGGAUUGACGAGAAAAAUUUAACCGCCCAUGUGGAAGCUGGCAUCGUCGGUCAGGAUUUGGAGAGAUUGCUUAAUGAGAGCGGCUACUGUACGGGGCACGAGCCGGACUCCAUGGAGUUCAGCUCCCUGGGGGGCUGGGUAGCAACCAGAGCGUCAGGCAUGAAGAAGAACAUCUACGGCAACAUUGAGGACCUGGUCAUCCACGUAAAGAUGGUGACCCCGCAAGGAGUAAUUGAAAAGAGCUGUCAGGGCCCACGCAUGUCCACAGGGCCGGACAUUCACCACUUCAUCAUGGGCUCAGAAGGAACCCUGGGCGUGGUUACCGAGGUAACGAUGAAGAUUCGUCCCAUGCCGGAGUAUCAGAAAUACGGCUCGGUGGUAUUCCCUAAUUUUGAGCAGGGAGUCGCCUGUCUUCGAGAAGUUGCCAAACAGAGGUGUGCCCCGGCAUCUAUACGACUCAUGGAUAAUGAACAAUUUCAAUUUGGUCAUGCCCUGAAGCCUCAAGUAUCUUCAAUUUUCACAUCCUUUCUGGACGGGUUGAAGAAAUUUUACAUCACCAAGUUCAAAGGGUUCGACCCCAACCGCUUGUGUGUGGCCACCCUCCUGUUUGAGGGAGACCGUGAGAAGGUCCUGCAACACGAGAAGCAAGUUUAUGACAUUGCUGCAAAAUUUGGGGGGCUGGCAGCUGGAGAGGACAAUGGGCAGAGGGGCUACAUGUUGACCUUCGUCAUCGCGUACCUCCGGGACUUGGGGAUGGACUACUAUGUGAUUGGAGAGUCCUUUGAAACCUCUGUGCCUUGGGACAGGGUGUUGGACAUUUGCCGGAACGUAAAGGCUCGCGUCAUUCGAGAGUGUAAAGACAAAGGAGUGCAGUUUCAGCCGUUAUCCACAUGCAGGGUGACUCAGACGUACGACGCCGGUGCCUGUGUCUACUUUUACUUUGCCUUCAACUACAGGGGACUCAGUGAUCCCGUACACGUGUAUGAAGAAGUGGAGCAUGCAGCUAGAGAAGAGAUCCUUGCCAAUGGAGGGAGCUUGUCACAUCACCAUGGAGUGGGGAAACUUCGGAAGGAGUGGAUGAGAGAGACCAUCUCCAAAGUCGGCAUGGGGAUGCUCCAGUCUGUCAAGGACUACGUGGACCCCAAAAACAUCUUCGGCAACAGGAACCUCCUCUAAUUUCACCUUCAUCUCACCUUUUUCUAAAAAAAAAGCAUCUUGUGCAUUUUGGAUUAAUAAGAUACUAAAUGUGAAUUUAAAAUGGACCGAGAUGUUGUCUUUUUCCAUGUGCCAUUUAUCGAUUCACCCAAACCUUUUUUUUCUUUUAUGUUAUAUUGCACUCAAUAUGCUGUUAACAAUCAUUGUCACUCAGCGGUGAAGCUCAUUUUUCGCGGCCUCAGCUUGUUGUUGGAGCCAUGAUGCAACCAGACGUGAUGCAACAAAACCUUGAUUUUUGUCAUAUGUUUCUUACAUUUAACCAUUUCCUAAAUGCCAACAUGAUUAACUCAUCUGUCUGUUUUUACUUUCCUUAUGUGUGUGUGUGUGUGUGGCCGUGGCACUUCUUUAGUGGUAACUUCUAAGAUGAAUGCGCUUUCUAAAGCUCUGUGCCUUUCUGAAGCUUAUGUCUGCCUUCCCCUCCUCCUACUAAACACUCUGCUAGUGUACAGUGAGUCCCUGAUGAUGACGUUUUCUGUGUCUUCAUCUUUUUCAUGCCUUUUGUUGUACUGACCUAUUGCCAUAAGAGACUUUUUCUGGACUGUAUGUGUGUGUGCGCCUCCACUAAAACCUCCCUCUGCCCCACCAAAUUUUAACAAAGAACCCCCCCUCCUCCCCCCAGUGUGAUUACAAAGAGAGAUAUUCCUUGUGUGUUUAGUUUUUUGUACUGAAAGCGUUAACCUUGCAUGGUUUGUUACGGAGAAAGUGAAAAAGCCAUCGCGUUUUUCCCGAUCACGCCUGCUUCAAUGUGACCACGUUUGCAGUUUUAAGGCCUCUGGAUCCCGGUGCUCACGUCGUACCAAAGACUGAAACACAUCAGAUCAUGCAAAACACACCGUAAACAUACGUUUGACACACAUUUCCUAACUUCACGCACAGCUAAACUAUAUUUUUUAAUCCGCAUAUGCAAAGAUAACCCCUCUGAGAGCUGUUAAAAUGUAGAUAUUUGUGACUGUUAUGUGCUAAAACUUUCUACAUCAUGUUUCUUAUGUUCAAUACACUAAAUGGAUUAUUUCUGCUCCAUAUAAUUGCCUAGAAAUUCCUCCUGAAAUAGCUUCCCUGUGUAAAGGGUUUCUGGAACCAAUACUGUAAUGUACUACAAUUUCAUACCAGACUUGUACCAUUGAUUUUGAAGCAAAGUAAAGAUGUUUGCUGAGGAAUCUUGCCUUUUUUCCCCCUUAUAAUCUGUGCUUCACAUUUUCCUGUCCCUUUUAAUUCAUAAUAUUUCCCCAAAUAAAAGAACUCAUUCAUUAGGAACCCGUCGUGUGACAUUAUACCUCUGUGUCAAAAAACAUGAGAGAGCUUUUGAGCGUUAUGGAUGUACCUUUUUGUUAUUUUCCACUCCUCUUAACGACGUCGUAACAUCCGAGUACAUUUUUGUCAAUGCUGUUUGUGCAAUAAAUUUAACUAAAAACA